CAGAGUUCACCUCCGGCUUUGCCCGUGGUCCCCCCCACCCCGGCAGCCACAGCUCAGGCUCCGGCUCUGAUUCAGGGCGAGAGCAGAGGAUGGAUCUCUAUCACUUCGCUUUUCUCUGCGGCGCUCUGGUGUUUGUUAGGGAAAUCCCCGGUUUUCAUACUCUUGCUAUUUUUCCUCCAGCUGCGCCAAAGAGCAGCAAGGUGACGAGGAUUUUUGAUGGACAACACGCUUCUAAGUACUUCAAGGAGUUUUACGCGCCGCCAUCCAUCGAUAGAAACAGUAAAACAACAUCUAAAGACUCAGUUGAGCCUCAUGACUACAUGCUGUCUAUUUACAAGACCUUCUCCACGGCGGAGAGACUGGGACUCAAUGCCAGUUUCUUUCGCUCUUCAAAAGCUGCAAACACUAUUGCAAGUUUUGUGGACAAUGGGGAAGAUGACCUCCCACUCUCCCCUCUGAGGAGACAGCAGUAUCUGUUCGACGUCUCAACGCUCUCCAAAAAGGCGGAGGUGCUGGGAGCUGAGCUCAGAAUAUACACCAAAGUGUCUGGGAAUUUCAGGAUAUCGGAAACAGAGCCUGUGGACAUCCAGCUCCUCUCCUGCCACGACCAGCAGCUGCUCGACUCCAAAACACUGGACUUGCAGGAUUCCCAGGGGCCGAAGUGGGAGGUGUUGGAUGUGUGGGAAAUAUUCAAAGAGCAACAUCACCUGAGCCAGGGGAAGCACUUCUGCCUGGAGCUCAGGGGCAUGCUGGACAACCCAGAGAGGGAGCUGGACCUGCACCUUCUGGGCUUGCACAGGCAUGGCAGGCCUCAGCAGAAGAAAGCCAUCUUAGUGGUGUUCACUAGGUCAAAGAAGAGGCAGACUCUCUUCAGUGAGAGGAGAGAGGGGAGAGAAUUGCUGGGUCUACAGAGGAAGACCAAAGACAGGGGCCCAGGCACCACAGCCAGCAGGAGAAGAAGGACGGCUGCAUCCAAAACGCGCCAUGGGAAGAGACACGGCAAAAAGUCCAAAUCCAGGUGCAGCAAGAAGCCGCUGCACGUCAACUUCAGAGAUCUUGGCUGGGACGACUGGAUAAUCGCCCCGCUGGAUUAUGAGGCGUAUCACUGCGAGGGAGUGUGUGACUUCCCCCUGCGCUCCCACCUGGAGCCCACCAACCAUGCCAUCAUCCAGACUCUGAUGAAUUCAAUGAACCCCAGCAACAUGCCGCCUAGCUGCUGCGCCCCAUCCAAACUCAGCCCCAUCAGCAUCCUCUACAUCGACUCAGGAAACAAUGUGGUCUACAAACAGUACGAGGACAUGGUGGUUGAGUCUUGUGGCUGUAGGUAGUAGAUCUGGCUUCACUUUGACCAUCUCCUUGUUCGUCAGGCUCUCUGGUUUGUGUGAAUUGAACAGAAUUACAGUGUGUGUGGUGGUGAGGCUGCAACUGAAACAAGGAAAGAUGAAGACUUUCAAAAACUUAGUGAUACAUUUUCUAACCAUGCACCCAACAAGGUCAUGUUCAGUACCUCAAACGUUUGUGUUCUUGUUCUUCUCUGUAUGUUACAGCAUACUCAUGAAUAUAUGAGAGAUUAAUUUGUUGGAAACUCGUUAUAUUGUGUUUCACGAAAUCAGCAAAAUGGUUUAAAGGUCUAGUGUGCAUGAUUUAGUGCCAUCUAGUGGUAAAGUUGCAGAUUGCAACCAACUGAAACAUCUCCUGUGUGCCAAACAUGUAGGAGAACUACAGUGGCUGAAGCAAAAAUGCAUAUGGCCCUCUCUAGAGCCAGUGUUUAAUUUGUCCAUUCUGGGCUACUGUAGAAACAUUCUAAGGCAAUGAAAACACAAUAAUUUUUAGCUUCAGGUAAUUAUAAACAAAAGAAAACACAUUUAUUAUAUUCCAUUUCAGCCAAUAUAUCCCCCCAAAAUCCUAUACACUGGACCUUUAAAUGAAUAUUUCAACAUUUUGGCAUAUAUGCUUAUUCGCUGUCUUAACUGAGUGUUAGAUGAGAAGAUUUGACACCACUCACCUGUAUGUAUGGUAAAUAUGAAGCUAGCUUAGCUUAGCAUAAAAACUGUAAACAGGGUGAAACAGCUAGCCUGUUUCUGUCUGAUGGUGACAAAGACCUGCUCAAAACCAAACCCUGUAGUUUUUACACUUAACUUUCACCCAAGUUUAAUACAUUCAAGUAUAUCAAUAAACCAGUUAGCUUGAGCUGUGCUGGUAUCAAGGUUAAUAUAGUUAAUAUAUAUAGUUAUAAGUAAAACUCAACCAAAAAAGUAAAAGUGGGUGUGAAAAACCAUUUUAGUUAUUUGAAAUUAAAAAAACAACAACUAGAAUUUAGAAAAAUAGAUACAAAUGAAAAAUAAAAUAAAAUAUAUACAGGAAAUGUCUUUAGUUUUAGUCUUUGUCAAUUUGUUCAAAUGUGUCAACACAACAAGAACGAGGAAGCAUUGGUGUGUAUGUUUGAAACUGGGAUGUCUACAUAACUGUGAGUCAGUUGCCUUCACAAAGUGCUGUGUUUGUAUUGUAACACCUAUUCUGAACUUUUUCAGUCUUGCCCCUGACAAAUAUUCCCCAUACUGUGAUACAAAGACAAACUAAAGCUAAUACUGAAACUAAUAAAAACAAAACUAAAAUGAAACUGAAACGAGCAAACUCUGGAAACUAAUUGAUACUAAACUGAAUUAAAAAUAAAAUUAAGAGAAAAACUAAUGAAAAAUUGUUUCCUCCUGUUUUCAGUCAUAAUGCUAAGCUAAAUUAGCUGCCUCCUGACUGAAGCCGUACAAACGUAAGAGUGGUAUAAAUCUUAUUAUUUAGCUCUUAGCAAGAGAGCAAAUCAUUUCCAAAUAUGCUGAAACAUUCCUUUAAAAGAGACAUUAAAUAUCCUCCAUUUGAGGAAUUAGUCCUUAAGUUUUAUAAAACUAUUGCCAGUGUAAAAAUAAAACAAAAGCACCACUUUUUUUUCCUUUUGCCACCCAUAAAUUGGCCCAUGAGACCAUGUUAGAGACUAUGUUAAACUCUCAUGGACUGCUUUUAGGGGUGGGUAUCACCAGAGGCCCCACGAUACGUCAUAGUCACAAUACUUAAGUCACAAUACAAUAUUAUUGUAAUUUUAAACAUAAUUUUGAGAUAUGCUAUAUAUUGCAACAACAUAUAUUACGAUUUAACUGCAAAUUAUCACCCCAUCAACAUCUAUUUUAUCUAAUAAGAUAAAGUUUUCAGUCUGUUCAUCUCACUUUAAUUAUUUUUCUUGCAGCAAAAUGUAUCUAGUGGACUGGAAAAGCAAUUGAUUUUAGUGGGCUACCAAAAGUUUAAUUUGUAUUUGCAAUAUUAUGAAUUCUAAAAAAAAAAAUCAGUAUUUGACAUUUGUGUAUUGAUACGAUAUUGCCAUGCAUGCUGUAUCGAAAUUUUUCCCCCAUGAACUUCUAAUAUAUGUAAUAAUAGAUUAGUCUCUGUGGAAAGCCCUGUGUAACUUUAUGGCCAAAUUCAUUACAGGGGUUUAACGAUAAAAAAAAAAAAAAAAGCUCCUUUUUUUUUAAAAUGUAGAACACUUGAUGACUGAACCAAACUGACAGAUUACACUUUUGUGGCCUGUUUCUUCUUUUAAUUUUCUUAGAAACUGUAAAGGUAAACAUUUUUUUUCCCAUAAUGGACGUCUUGACUGACUUCUCUGCUAGGAUUAAAAAGCAGAUUUUCAGCACUUGACAUGACCUACGACUCAGGGAACAUCCUCAAGUGCUGAAGUGACUGUGAAGUCAUCUUUUUUUUCCAGAUUGAACCACCACCAGUACAUUUCCAAAAAAGAAAAACAGCACAGGGUUUCUCACCAGUUUACUGUUUCAUUGAGGCGAUGCAUAAUUUUGUCUGUGAUGCACUGAUGUUCAAAGGUACCAUGUGUAAAUAUUUGGAAAUAAUAAUUUAUGUUCUAUAAUAAGUUAUUUCUUUUUUUUUUUUUUUUUUUUUUUUUAUU